CAAGAUUAGUGAACUGCUGAUGAUUAGUUAUGCGACACUUUAGAGCGGAUACACCACACCGGAAACGUUCCACUGGAUGGCGCUGGUCCACCACACCGCAUCAGCAUGCACUAGCAGAAUCGCGACUACAUAAACAAGAACACAUAUAAGUUUGGAAGUUCCAGUUCUUCUCUGUGCACUAAAUCGUUCAACAACCACCUCAAUUCAUCCUACACAAUGCCUCUCUGGAUAAUCUACCACCCCUCCUCAACCUUCACCUCCGAAGAGGAGAAAGCCGCGUUAGCAAAGGAAGUCACCAAAAUCUACACCGCCGUCCCCCUCCCGGCCUUCUACGUCAACGUUCUCUUCGUGCCCCUGCCAGCAACCUCUAUCUACGUCGGGGGUGUGGCACGCCCAUCACCACACACGUCCGCCAACCAUCCCGGUCCAGAGUCCAGCGUCCCCUUUAUCAGAUUCACCAUUCAGCACAUUGCGCGUACGCUUCCCAACGAUGAAGUCCGCGAUAGAUUUCUGAAGACGUUGGAUACCACGCUGAAGCCGUUCGUCGCGGAUAAGGGAUAUGACUGGGAGUACAGUCUUGAGGAGACAAGAAGAGACCUAUGGAAGGUCCAGGGCCUGGUGCCGCCGAUGCCGGGGAGUGACGCGGAACUGGAGUGGGUGAGGGAGAACAGAGCCAUCGAGUUUGAGCCUGCUCGGGGGAACCUUUGAGAAGGUCGAGGAAUGUACAUGCCUUAGCUAAGUAGUCAUUCAU